AAACAAUGCCACACGCGAAGGCCUCCGUGUUCACCUAGUGCUAAUGCCAUGAUGCAUAUUGUUGAAUCUCACUGAUCUGCCUGUUCGUUCUCAGCUGGACCUAAGGAUUGCGAUCUUUUAUCUCGACGCCCUCAUAUAACCCUGCACACCGUCCGGUGGGAGAUUGUGUCUGACUCAAAGCUAAGGAAUAUAUCCGUAGGCGUUCCCUACACCGAUCGAGCAGGACAACGCAGAACUCCCUUGUUUCCAUCCUCGAUCCUGCUACUCACAAGUCUUUGGAGCUUCAGAUGCUCAAGUCACAACAUGCCGAGGCCGCCUACAAAACGCAAUCGCUUGACAUCCAAGGCUCCGCUAGCCGUGGAACAGAUCCACCAACAGGGCCUAGAGCGACAUGGUAUAACUUCGACGGAUAAUCCCAAAUCCCCAACAGACACAAAUCAGGAUAUCGGUGGCUCCUAUCAGAGAGUCUCUAGCGCUCAGGUCUCCGACAUCCGACGGCAAUUGAAGAAUCAGACGCCCAUGGCUAGAGCGCAAGACCAUGCUAUCGAAUCAUCGCCCAUGGGAGAACGUGGAGCCACAGGUAGUCGCCCAUUUACCAGAGCUCGCGGUUACUCGUCUACCAUUUCUGUUGUUGGACGAAAGGGCGAUACGGCCUCCAAAGUUCCAGGUACUCCCGCUUUCGAAAAUUCGAUGUUGAGUAAUUUUAGAAGAAGGCCUCGGCAGCCUAGCAUCUUGCAGAUGAUGCAGGCAGAUGACGGUUCCUCUGACCUUGACGACGAUGUUUUCCUCGGCAGUUUGAGUCCCGAAGAUGAGUCCACCCCCUUGAAUCUCUCAAGGGGUAGGCCGCUCCUUGUCAGACAAGCUGCGUCGCCGUCGCCUAGCCUUCCAACAUCAUCCGGUGGUGCAUCGCGCAAGCGUAAACUGUCUACCGAGGAGCUACAGGUGCCCCGGUCAGACCCGGAAGUCAUGGAGCAUUGCCCUGCUACCUCGCCUACUUCGCACCAUUGGCAAAACGGACCUGACGUGUUUGUGGAUUAUCUUCAAGCUCUCAACUCUCCUAGCGCUUUCAGCCAAACGCUGGCGCCGCCUAUGAGCAGCAGCCCGCCACUCAGCCCGAUACAUACUGCAUCAAUGCCCGAAAUGGCACAGCCGAAGCGUAAAGACAAGCCUGCCGAGCUGGCAACCAGUAAAAAGAUGAACUUACCGACGGCAACUCUUCAAGACAAGCUACUACCUCGGAGAAAUCGCCCACAACGUAAACACUUUGGCUUGAACGAUUCUGAAGCCCCCAAGGAUUUCAGUGAUGGCGAUCGUUCCGCUACUGGGCACGAUGAUGAUGAUGAUGAUGAUGAAUUAUACUAUCUCCCGUUCAAGAGGCCACCCCGGGCACAAAGGAAACAAGCAAACAAAAACAACCCGGCGAAAAGCACAAUGACCGCGCUGGCCAUGCAAGACACAGCAGAUAGUGUCGGAGGCCAGACAAUGGACGGUCAGAAUUCGCCUAUGCAGCCGGUUGUUACUGCACGACAGCCUCAACAGUAUGUGAAUGGAGAUAAAAAGAAGAUGACAUCCGGACCAGCUUCAUUGCAAACCAUGAACCUUGACAGGGAAGUUCAGCCAGUUGAUACAUCGCCUCUGUCAUCACCUCUAUCAUCGCCUCCAGACUCAGAGGCGUCCGCGACUGAGUCUACGCCGGUGUCAACAUUAGACAGCCAUUUUCUUAGUGAGGAAUUGAGGUUGCAGGCGAAGAAAUUCGCUGAUAUUGAUAAGUGGCAAUUAGAUUUCGAAGACGUGGUUCCAGAUAGUUGAUUUUAAUGCCCACGAGUUAACAUGGUGCACUGAUCCCGUGGUUCUGAAUCUGAUGAGUUUGGUCCAUAGAGAAACUAGGAAGAAUGACUCAGUUGGCCCUAGUAAGUCCGAGAUACUCUCCCGUAUCAAUUUAUACACGACCGGGAAUUUUGGC